AUGGCGGUUUCAACAAGAAGAACAACCGGACCGGUGUUAAGAUCUCACUCGCCAGCCGGGAGAUUCUACAACUCGUCGUCGUCUUCCUUUGCCUCAGCCAGCUCCGCUUUCUCAUCCAGAUCCACUUCGUUUUUUGAACAAAGAUCGGCGUCGCCAACUCCGGUGAACGUAUUCGGAACAUCGUCGUCGUCCGUACGGUUUUCCUUCGACAACCGUCCGAUUUCUCCAAGCAGAUCAAUAUCUUCGCUGCCUAGGAAUCAUAAUCAGGCGGUGAAGAAACAGGAAACUCCGAAGAGGACGUGUAUGUGUUCACCUACGUCACAUCCAGGAUCAUUCAGGUGCAGCUUACAUAAGAACACCAACAACAACAGUAACCACCACAAUACGGCGACGUAUCCUUCAAAUCGUCUCAACGCGCGGAGGUCGGCGAUGACUAACUCGCUUGUCCGUAUAGGAACUGUCGAAGGUGGUGAUUUGGUGAAGCGAGCUCUUGCGGCGUUGAUCCGGCCAUCAUCUCAUCAGCAACGACGGAGAACCUCGUUUCAGGCUAGGCCUAGUCGGCUAUCAGUCAUGUCAAAGGCGGAGGAGUUGUAG